GCCAAGACGAUUCUCUCUCAUCCCUAUCUCUCUCCUCUCUCUCUCCCUCUCUCUUUCUCUCUCUACCAUUUGCCCUUCGCCAUGCUAUCGCCACUACAAAAGUCCAUGUCUCAGUAACCCACCCUUCUCUCUCUAGGAACGAUCUAUACCUACCUUUCUCACAUGUGACGCCAUGAUCUCUGAAAAGGCCUGAAUCUCUCUGAUCUUCUGAGUCGCCAUUGAUUUUGGUGGAGAAAUGAUCGCCAGUGGUGUGGAGGCUGGCCCUUCCGAGCCUCUGCCCCCCCUUGAAUGGAAGUUCUCUCAGGUUUUUGGAGAGAGAGCGGCAGGUGAAGAAGUCCAGGAAGUUGAUAUAAUCUCAGCAAUUGAAUUUGAUAAAACUGGUGAUCACCUUGCUACUGGAGAUCGUGGGGGCCGUGUAGUUUUAUUUGAAAGGACAGAUGUGAAGGAUGCUAAUUUGCAUACUUCUCGGAGAGAACUAGAGAGGUUAGAUUAUUCAAUCAGUAGGCACCCUGAGUUCCGAUACAAGACGGAGUUUCAAAGCCAUGAACCUGAGUUUGAUUAUCUUAAAAGUUUGGAAAUUGAGGAGAAGAUCAAUAAAAUCAGAUGGUGCCAGACAGCCAAUGGUGCCCUGUUUCUUCUCUCAACAAAUGACAAAACAAUAAAGUUUUGGAAGGUUCAAGAAAAGAAGGUCAAAAAAAUUUGUGACAUGAAUAUAGCCCAUUCAAUAUCAAAUGGUGGUGUUGCUGGAACAAGUGCAGCAACAAGCUCCAAAAUGCAUCUGGCAAAUGGUGGAUGUCCAGAGAAGUUGUUUAAUUAUUCAAGCAAUGACUUUGUGUUCCCCUUAGGAGGGAUUCCGUCCUUGCACCUACCCGUGGUAGUUGCCAGCCAUGAGACCAGCCUGGUUGCCAGAUGCAGAAGAAUAUAUGCUCAUGCACACGAUUAUCAUAUCAAUUCAAUUUCAAACAACAGUGAUGGUGAGACUUUUAUAUCAGCUGAUGAUCUGCGAAUAAACUUAUGGAAUUUGGAAAUAAGCAACCAGAGUUUCAACAUUGUUGAUGUAAAGCCUGCAAAUAUGGAAGACCUCACAGAGGUGAUAACUUCUGCUGAGUUCCACCCGACGCAUUGCAAUAUGUUGGCAUAUAGUAGCUCAAAGGGCACAAUUCGUCUGAUUGAUAUGCGCCAAUCAGCAUUAUGUGAUACUCAUGCGAGAUUAUUUGAGGAACAGGAGGCACCUGGAUCAAGAUCCUUUUUCACUGAGAUUAUAGCCUCAAUUUCUGAUAUCAAGUUUUCAAAGGAUGGAAGAUACAUUCUCAGUCGCGAUUACAUGACUCUCAAGCUAUGGGAUAUAAACAUGGAUUCUGGUCCUGUUUCAACGUUUCAGGUUCAUGAGUACUUAAGACCAAAGCUUUGUGAUUUAUAUGAAAAUGACUCAAUAUUUGACAAAUUUGAGUGCUGUCUAAGUGGAGAUGGACUGAGGGUGGCAACUGGGUCAUACAGUAAUUUGUUUCGUGUAUUUGGUUGUGCUCCGGGUAGUACCGAGUCAACUACUUUAGAAGCCAGCAAAAAUCCCACAAGGAGGCAAGUUCAAACUCCAUCAAGGCCUUCAAGAUCACUUGGCAGUCUUACACGUGUUGGCAGACGAGGUGCUCCAAGCCCGAGCUCUGAGGCAAAUGGAGGCGCUUACGAUCUCACCACCAAGUUGCUUCACUUAGCGUGGCAUCCAACUGAGAAUUCCAUUGCCUGUGCUGCUGCAAAUAGCUUGUACAUGUACUAUGCUUAAGAGACAUUCUCAACUAACUUAUUGUGCCUAAUCUUUCGGGGUGCUGUAAAAGAAAAGGCCAGCCUGGCUCCGCAGCAACCGAUGAGACGGUGCCCACCAUCUUUGUAAAAGCCUCGAAACCCCAAAAGUCUUUGUUCCUUGAAUUGGGGUACUGGAACCCCAAAAAAUCUACGUUUUUUUGGAUUGGGUCUGAAGGUUUAUUCAAGAGUCCAGGAAAAGAAAGCAACUUUCACUUUGUUUUGGGGCAAACAGGUUCAAAUCUCAUUCUUUGUAGAGGGUAAGGUUCAGUUUUUUUGCUGUUUUGGUGUAGGUCUAAAAGAUGUAACUAUUCUCUCUCCUACAACCAAAGGAGGGAAUGGGUUUUCUCUCACUACCCAAGUGAAAGGGGGGGUUGGUCACCAGACGUUGAAAUUGGGCUCUGCCCUUGUGCUGCAAUCUCCUCAUUUGUUGCCUACUAGGGGCAGUUGGGCUUGUACUGUUUGGCCAGCAUUUUGAGAAAGCUGUGUAGGCUUUUCUGUAGUUCUUGUUCACAGUUUGUGCUAAUGGCUUUACUUUAUUUUAUUUUAUUUUAUUUUGAGAGCUGUCAUUUCUUGUACCUGUCACUAAAAUAAAGCAUUAGAAGAAGAGGCUGCUCCUUGGUUCUCUACUGAAGCUUCUUCCCUUUGGGUAUCCAUUACUACUCAAAAAGGGCAAUUUUUUAAA